UCAGCGGCAGCAAGAUGGCGGCGCAACCGCAGGACCGUGAUGGUGGUUCGCAGCUGGCAGGGCCGGCGGCGGAGGCCGACCCCCUGGGCCGCUUCACAUGUCCCGUGUGCCUAGAGGUGUACGAGAAGCCGGUGCAGGUGCCCUGUGGACACGUCUUUUGCUCUGCAUGCCUGCAGGAAUGUCUGAAGCCGAAGAAGCCUGUCUGUGGGGUGUGUCGCAGCACUCUGGCACCUGGCGUCCGAGCCGUGGAGCUCGAGCGGCAGAUUGAGAGCACAGAGACUUCUUGCCAUGGCUGCCGUAAAAAUUUCUUCCUAUCCAAGAUCCGUGCACAUGUGGCUACCUGUUCCAAAUACCAGAAUUACAUCAUGGAAGGUGUGAAGGCCACCACCAAGGAUGUGUCCCUUCAGCCAAGAAAUGUCCCAAACCGUUAUACUUUCCCUUGUCCUUACUGCCCCGAGAAGAAUUUUGACCAAGAAGGACUUGUAGAACACUGCAGGUUGUUGCAUAGCACGGACACCAAAUCUGUGGUUUGUCCGAUAUGUGCCUCGAUGCCCUGGGGAGACCCUAACUACCGCAGCGCCAACUUCAUAGAGCACAUCCAGCGCCGGCACCAGUUUUCUUACGACACUUUCGUGGAUUACGACGUGGAUGAGGAGGACAUGAUGAACCAGGUGCUGCAGCGCUCCAUCAUCGACCAGUGAGCAGACUCUGCUGGGGCUCAUGUUCCAGAGCUUCCAUUACGUGUUCCGCGGGAAAUGUGUGACUCCUCCACCUAAAUGUACAACAGACCUGGAAGUGAGCCGUGGUAUUAGGACAGGGUCACUUCCGACGGGGAAUAGGUC